AUGUUCUCAUUCACUAAGUUCUUCUUGACGCUGUUAGUUACUCAUUUAACGAUAAUAUUCCCUUCCAGAGCGGAUGCCUUACUUGUGGCAUCAUCUUCAAUUGAGUACUGCGAGCGUGGAAGCGUCACUGAGGCAUUUCCCUGCGAAAAGAAAAUGAUUGUAACCCUAUCAGUGGAGAGUGGACAACUGGAAGGGGUAGAGGAGGUUGUGUUGGUGCGUGAGGCUGUGGACAAGACGAGCAGUGGUGGGAACGCCAACGUGAUGUUUGAACCAGUACGCCUGACAACACGAAAGUCCCGUGUCCAGUACCGUUACCCUGUAUUUUAUGAGCGAAACUUCAAUGCUCAGCCAUAUGAGCGACAGGUUACUACAAAUUUUUUUGAAGGAUGCAAGGAUACACCCGGUGAAACCUCAACGUGUGGGGAUGUACUUGACACUUCUGGAAACUCAAUUCCAUACAGUCAAGGAUUCUGUUGUACCUGCGGUGUUUGCCAAUUGGCUGGUGUCUGUCCAUCUGAUAGCCGUAGUGUUCAGACGUGUAGUUUAUUUGGUGCGGUAGGUAUGGCCUCAUGUCUUCGCUUUGGAGAUAUGUGGUACAGUGGGUAUAAUGUGGGAUCAUCAUUAGGGUGGUAUCACAUUCAAGUAGGGUUAUCAAACACUGAUAAAAACACCACAAAUAAGAAGGAAACAAUACUUGAAUUGGGUCCAGACAAAUUACUGAGUUCUUCACCUGAGUUUGGUGCUUUGGCUCGUAUUGUAGGUGAUUUUAUGCCAUCAGAACUACCACUUGAUCUUGGAGGUAAAAUGCUUUUUAUUCCCACUUUACCAAAAAUGCAUGCACGUGUCUUGGCAGGUCCAGCAGAGUGGAUUUUACUUGAUAAGAACCGUGUAACAGUGGAUGGUCGAGAGUGUAAUAAGGUGGGUGUCUCGUAUGAGGGAUUCGCAGGACAGGGAAAUCGAUGUGAUAUGUAUCGUGGUUCUUGUUUGGCUGGUCAAUUGGAAAGUUACCGUCAAAGUGACUUGGAACAAGAAGCGAAAGGCGGUAAAGGAGAAUAUAUGGUUCGUUUCCUCGGUGACUUUGAUCUCACCCCUGGCGCUAAUGGAACUUCACCAUAUAUCGCUUAUUGGGUAAAAGGAUCAUUUUCCACAAUGAUAACAGUUACAAUUUCUGCUGACAAGCUUCAGUAUUUGGUAUCUGUUUCUCCAGGAAAGAUUGUGGCUGCUGGGGUGACAAAUGAUACUAUUGGUGCCAGCACAAGAGAUGGUGUGCUUACAGUAAGAGUACGUAAUACCGGUACACUAACGGCACAGUACACAUUAAGUGUAGGAAAUUGCACCACUGACGUUCACCCAAUGAUUGGUCAAACUUUGAGUUUAAAACCAGAGGAGGAAGUAACACGUCAUUUUGACUUGUUUAUUGAAGAUACCAGCAGUGAGGGGAAAAAAGAAUGUGGUGUGGCUCUGCAAGAUGCACGAGGUACUGUUGUGGAUACAAAGAUUGUGGAAUUUCAUGUCACUCCUGUUGGAUGGACAAACGGUACACAAGGCGGUAGUGCCCCUUCAGAUGGUGGAGUGGCUGUGGAUGGAGGACGUAGUUCUGUUUGUUCAUCUUGUAGUUGGUACAACUUGUUUUGUUUUGUGAAAAAUGGAUGCCUAUGGCAACCUUUUAUUUAUGUGGUGAUUGGUGUGGCUAUUAUUCUACUAGUUUAUAUUCUUCAAAAGUACUGUAUGUGCUGUAGUACGACACACAGGAAAGAGGCUCACCCACAUGAACCGGUAGCUGUACCACAAGUUGUAGUUCAGCGGGGAGUAUCACCCUAUGCCAGCUUCAUGCAUACAUCUCCUUAA